UUAAGGAAAGGUUUAUACCUCGUCAGUGCAGCCGGUCUACCCUGCCACCAGUAUUAGAUGUCAAAACACACAGGGUAAUUGCUGAUGUUGCUGUUUCGUUGUUCAACAAAGGGAAGGAUGGGACGUGUAUUUUCGAACAAGAAGCAAGAACAUGUCCAACCUUUACGGUUAAUUGGGAGGCGUUGGAUGGUCUAAAACGAGAUCCAAGGUAACAUGUAAUAUUAUCAAUGACAUUGCGGUAAAAUAAAGUCCCACGUUAUGUUUGGAAUUCUUUAUAUAAUAGUUCUCAUUUUUAAUAGAGUGUUCGGAAGACUAGUUUUUGAUUCCUUUCAUCAAGGGAGAAAGGUGCCCAAAUGGUAUCGAAGCUCAGCAGAGGGCGGAGCACGUUUGUGAAAAUCUCCAAGACCGGGCUUCGACUGCUCUUGGAAUGAUGGUUGGUGUAUCAGAAGACAUCAACUAUAUUUGCGAUACACACACAAAAUCAAUUCGUGCUGCAAUGGAACAAGACAUAACAAAUUUAGACGACAGGUGCAUGAAGAAUUAUUCACUUUUAAUUAGCUUGGCUGAAAAGGUAAGGUUAUUAUCUACUCAUCGGCCAGGGCACUUAGCCUCCUCUCCAUGCAAAUCGGUGACGAAAAUGGCAGACUAUUAUGCAAUAGUAUUUGUGAAGUUCUUUGUAUUCCUUGUAAUUUUUAUUCCUAAAACAUGAUCCAUUUGUCCCGCACAAUCCCUGUACAUAUAAAUUAUUGCAUAAUUCUGCCGUUCUUGGCACCGCGAGCUGCACGCGAAAGGGUUAAACACUCACAAUUUGUCAAUUUCAAUCCAAUUAGCCCAAUCGCAUCAUUGAGGCACGUGGUAAAGAAAUAAUCAUUAAUCCACCCUACGAAAACCACCUCAAACUAAUUUAUUGGAUGUCUCUCUGAAGACGGCAUGAUGAAACUACAGCCGCAUAUUCUUUAACAUCGACCAUAGGCUGGUCUGCUAUUCGAAUUGAAAGUUGGAUGCGAUCGACAUAAAUAAAAAUAAUAUUACUGCGACACGUAUAUGCGGUAGGUUAAUAUUAAACUCUUUAUUUAACAGAAUUUGUGAAGCAGAGUUAAUCUUUGAAAAGUCCGUUUUGGAGAGGGGGGAUACAACAACGUUCAUUUUGAAUCCCAGACGACACAGAUGGAAAAUCUAGCUGAUCUCCGGCAUAAUGUAGUAAAAAAUCCUUUUCUAUUUUUCAGGUUAUCGAACUAGCAGAUGUAGAAGGAUUGGAUCCGAGUAUGGCGUAUUCUUUUUUUAUGAAUGUAAUAGUUCCGUAUGGUGUCAACAAAUACCAGGAUCUUGGCCACACAUGUACAUAACUAGCUGUAACGUCUACAGAUUAGGGGUUUAAGCUUCGCAUUUCCGGGAACGGCUGGUUCGAACUUUCUUCGCAAAAUUUUCGUUAAACAUUUUCGUUUCAUUUUUUUUUUCUUGUGUCGAAAGAAUAGCCAUGCAUUGCAGUUUUAAAACAGCAAGUUCAUUUACUUUUAUUGCCUGGUACCGUAAAAUUUUUCUUUGCCUGGCAUUUGCCGUAUAACGUGAAGCAUAAACUCUCUAAUGCAGAUAUAUCUUCGAACUUCGGAAAUAGACCGAUGUUAUGUUAUUACAUUUACGAUUACAAUUCCAAGCAGGCAAAUUCUCAACUUUAAUGGAUUGCAAAUUAUUUCUAUCAUGAAUGAAAAAACCUGUGUCUGCAGGUGAAUGUAUUUUUAAAAUUUGCUCCAUAUUAAGAUCGUCAUAUGUUUCAUUUUCUAAACGGCGUGGCUGCAUUAAAAUGCAUCAAUUAAAAAUGGGAUAAAAAUUCAACCGAGGGUCCAGCAUAUGGAUUCAACGUAUCUUCAAAGUCAUAUAUCGCUGCACGUGCGUGAACGCUUUCCGCAAUGAAAUGUCUUGUGCAGUAUAUUGGUAUAGUAUUAACCAAAUGCACUAUUUCCACAAUUAUAUCACAGAUAUAAAAAACGUACACAAAACAGUAUUUUGCUUAUGCUCUCUAAUACUGUAACUAAGUAAUUUUACAAUUGCAGCAUUUGAUAUAAAAUCAAAAGAACAAGAUAGCGACGAAUCUGAACCUACAGUUGUGUUGAAUGAUGGUGUUCAAGUAACGUCUGGUGGUGUAAUGCAAACUACGUCUGGUGGUUUAUUGCAAACGUCUGGCGGCUCAUUACAAACCACGUCUGGUGGUUCCUUAGAAACUACGUCUGGUGGAUCCUUGGAAACAUCUGGUGGCUCCUUGCGAAGUUCAAGUAACGUCUGGUGGUGUAAUGCAAACUACGUCUGGUGGUUUAUUGCAAACGUCUGGCGGCUCAUUACAAACCACGUCUGGUGGUUCCUUAGAAACUACGUCUGGUGGAUCCUUGGAAACAUCUGGUGGCUCCUUGCGAAUGUCUGGUGGUUUCUUAGAAACUACGUCUGGUAGAUCCUUGGAAAGGUCUGGUGGCUCCUUGCAAACGUCUGGUGGUUCCUUGGAAACGUCUGGUGGCUCCUUUCAAACGUCUGGUGGUUGCUUAGAAACUACGUCUGGUAGAUCCUCGGAGACGUCUGGUGGUUCCUUAGAAACUACGUCUGGUGGAUCCUUGGAAACGUCUGGUGGCUCCUUGCAAACGUCUGGUGGUUCAUUAGAAACUACGUCUGGUGGAUCCUUGGAAACGUCUGGUGGCUCCUUGCAAUUAGAAACUACGUCUGGUAGAUCCUCGGAGACGUCUGGUGGUUCCUUAGAAACUACGUCUGGUGGAUUCUUGGAAACGUCUGGUGGCUCCUUGCAAACGUCUGGUGGUUCCUUAGAAACUACGUCUUGCAGAUGUCAUGCAAACAAUGGUUGGUGA